UAUAGCCUAGGCACUGCCUGGAUAGGGCCACUUGGCAAGGAACUUCCUGUUACCGGGUGGGGAGUGUCCAGUCAGAGUGUUCCCGUGUUUCUAUAGAGAGCAGUCAGAAGCCAGGAAGCCCCGUGUGAACAAGAUACAGAGAUUUACCUGCCUGAGGUAAGGAAGAUCAUGCUGAGAUGGAGGGCAGCUGGAGAGAUGUCCUGGCUGUGCUGGUCAUCCUGGCUGAGCUGACAGCUUCUGGAUCCAGUUAUCAGAUCAUAGAAGGCCCUCAGAAUGUAACAGUCCUACAGGGCUCAGAGGCUCGCUUCAACUGCACUGUGACUCACGGCUGGAAGCUUAUCAUGUGGACUCUCAAUGAAGUGGUAGUGCUGAGUCUCACCUCCCAGGAACCCAUCAUCACCAACGACCGCUUCAUCUCUGAGAGUUACAACCGGACUGACAGCUUCAUCUCUGAGAUGAUCAUCCUUGAUGUGCAGCCCAGUGACUCGGGAGUCGUGCGAUGCAGCCUGCAGAACAGCAAUGUGUUUGGAUCUGCCUUCCUCUCAGUGCAAGUCAUGGGGACCCUGAACAUUCCUAGCAACAACCUUAUAGUCACUGAGGGUGAACCCUGUAGUGUGACUUGCUCUGCCCUGGGCUGGACCCCACUCCCGGAUAUCUCCUGGGAGGUUGAGGUUCCUGUAAGCCAUUCAAGUUACUAUUCCUUUCCGGAUCCGGGCAACUUUACAAGCAUCUUCAGUGUCCUAGAUCUCACACCGCUGGGCAGCGGGACCUUGACUUGUGUGGCAGAGCUGAAGGACUUGCAGGACAGCAAGUCCUUAACUGUCAACCUGACUGUGGUUCAGUCUUUAUCUGAAGGCAAGGAAGGCCCAGCGCUGCCCACCUGGGCCAUCAUCCUGCUGGCAGUGGCCUUUUCCUUGCUCUUGAUCCUGAUCAUUGCUCUGAUUAUAAUAUUCUGUUGCUGUUGGGACUGCAGGAGAGAAAAGGAAGAAUCUACUUAUCACAAUGAAAUAAGGAAAUCUACAACCGUGAAGACAUACAGAGAAGAUCCUGAGACAAGAUUAAAGAGUGGAAAGGAAAACUAUGGGUACAGUUCGGAUGAAGCAAGGGUUACACAGAUUGCUUCUCUCCCUCCUAAAUCUGGUGAAGUCAGCCUUCCAGAACAACGCAGCAGUAACCUUCCUUAUCAGGAACUCAAUAAUCAUCGGCCCAGCCCAGCAACUCAUCCGCGGGUUUCCUUUGACAUCGCCAGUCCUCAGAAGGUCAGAAAUGUGACGUUAGUGUAAUAAAGACUUCUCGUGUCUAUACUUUGUGCACACCCACCACAUCAAUGCCAUUCUGUUCCAUAUCCUGAGACCGGGUCUCAGUUUUACCAAAGAGGCUGCAUCGGAGUCGCUGGAGCUGAUGUUUUAUGGUGACAGGAGGAAUCGGUUUUCCUACAUUCCAAGAAGAAUUUGAUUUUGAGACAUAUCACGUCUUUGGCGAAUUCCUCAAGGUGGCCUAGUGAGACCUGAGGGUCUGUCAUGGUGACAUUCCUCAUGACUUGACACCCCUGCUAAUCCAACAAAGGGCAGAUACAGGUUCUGCCGUGACCUUCAAAAUGCUUCUGUUGUCUGAGAUCAUGGAAAUGUGGUCUUAGUGUUUCACAGCUAGGGACAUUGCUGAACACGGUUACAGAACCAAGAGCCUAACAACUAGAAUCAGCUGUAUCUUGUGAGUAACUGGCAACUGGAGCUCAGGGAUGCAGUAAGAGGAGAGGCAGCGUGUAUGUCCUGAUGCUCUCCAGAAGAGAGUCCUAUGUGCUCCCUGGUCCUAGUCACCAUGGCUGUGGGAGAAUUAGGUGUAGAUUCUGCCUGAGGAGGGACAAAACUUACAUUCUGCCAGCAUCAUGAAAGAACUGGAAAGAGAUAUAUACUUUUUAAUAAACAAAU